CCCGUGUAAUCUGACACUUCAACUUGCCGUGCUCUACGCUAGUUGAUUCAGGCAGUCGCACUCCGGCGAAAGCCUUGUGCGCCUUUUCUUCUUCUGUUUUGCAAAGUAUAAAGGAGGAAAAGAAAACACACAAACAACGCGACUCCGGCUGAGGCAGGAUUUUUUCUCGGAGCCGCACUGGGACUCGGAUCAGAUCUGAAAGUGCGCUGGAGGCCGGUGUAGCUCGGAGCGUGGAGAGAAGGAGCUUCCCCACCGACUCUAUGAAGGGAGGGGAGGGGGAGGGGGGGCCACUCAGCACACCACAAGUCUGCACUGCUAACAGAUCAGCUGGAUGAUUGAUGAGGAUAUAAGAGUGGAUUUGCUAAACACUAAACAAAGAAACCUACCGCGUCCUCUGAGAGAAGAACUUUAAUGGCUUCCAGGUAGAGAGAAAGAGACAGCAAUCAAGAUGAACUCGAUUCCGUCGAUGGACAGACACAUACAGCAGACCAAUGACAGACUGCUGUGUAUCAAACAGCACUUACAGAACCCGGCCAAUUUUCAGACAGCGGCUACAGAGCUGCUCGACUGGUGUGGAGACCCGAGAGCUUUCCAAAGGCCCUUUGAGCAAAGCCUGAUGGGAUGUCUGACGGUGGUGAGCCGUGUUGCCGCUCAGCAGGGUUUUGACUUGGACCUGGGCUACCGGCUCCUGGCUGUGUGCGCAGCCAACCGGGACAAGUUCACCCCAAAGUCAGCAGAAACCAACACCUGCAGGAGAUGUCAAAGUGACUCAGCACUGCUAUCAUCCUGGUGCGAGGAGCUGGGUCGACUUCUCCUGCUGCGGCACCAGAAGAAUCGGCAGAACGAACCCCAGGGCAAAGUGCCUAUGCAGCCACCCAUGAACUCUAUGAAGCCCUCGCUCUCUCACGGUGAUGGGUCCUUUCCGUAUGACUCGGUUCCCUGGCAGCAGAAUACCAACCAGGCCCCUGGCUCAUUGUCAGUGGUGACGACUGUGUGGGGGGUGACCAAUACAUCACAAAGUCAGGUAUUGGGCAACCCCAUGGCUAACACCAACAACCCCAUGAACCCUGGAGGCAAUGGAAUUGGGUCUGGCAUGUCAGCCAACAACCCAGGAAUGAACUCCCCUCAGUUUCCUGGCCAGCAGCAGCAGUUCUCAGCCAAAGGUGGUUCCAACCAGGCCUACAUGGCGCAGGGCAUGUACGGGCGAGCAGGGCAUCCUGGAGCUGGAGGAUUCAGCGGGAGUUACCCGGGUGGUCCGAAUGCUCCAGGAGGCAUAGGCAUGCCCCCUCACACCCGGCCUCCAUCCGACUUUACCCAGCCUGCUGCUGCUGCGGCUGCGGCUGCCGUCGCUGCUGCCGCCGCCACCGCAACUGCCACUGCCACGGCAACUGUGGCCGCCCUGCAGGAAACCAACAAGGACAUGAACCAGUAUGGACAGAUGUGCUCAUCGUUUCAGAUGGGCCCUGCGCAGGGCUAUAACAGCCAGUUUAUGAACCAGCCUGGACCCCGAGGUCCACCGAACAUGGCAGGAGGCAUGAACCCAGCUGGCAUGGGUGCUGGCAUGAACAGCGCUAAUAUCAGCGGCCCUCCAAUGGGCAUGAACCAGCCCCGGGCCCCGGGAAUGGGGCCGUUUGGAGCCCAUGGGCAAAGAAUGCCCCAGCAAGGAUACCCAGGCCCCAGACCUCAGUCUAUGCCCAUGCAGGGCACAAAGAGGCCCUAUCCUGGAGAGCCCAACUAUGGGGGACAGCAGUUUGGACCUAAUGGCCAGUUUCCCAGUCAGCAAGGGCAGUACCCAAACCCUAAUGCCUCCAGAGCCCUGCCCUCUCCCAGUUACCCUGGCCAGAGGAUGCCAGGCCAGCAGGGCACAGGCCAGUACCCACCUUCAGGAGUACCCAUGGGCCAAUACUACAAGCAAGAGCCAUUUAAUGGCCAAAAUAACAAUUUCUCUGGAGGUAGUUAUGGCUAUAAUCAAGGCAGUGGGCCUCCUCGGCAGGUCGUGAACUAUCCUCAUUCACCCGUUCCUGGGAAUCCCACACCACCCAUGACUCCAGGAAGCAGCAUCCCCCCGUACCUCUCGCCCAACCAGGACGUCAAGCCUCCGUUUCCCCCGGACAUGAAACCGAGUAUGACGUCUCUGCCUCCACCACCGACUAACCCCAAUGAAGAGCUGCGGCUGACCUUCCCCGUACGUGACGGCGUGGUGCUCGAGCCCUUCAGACUAGAGCACAACCUGGCUGUCAGCAACCAUGUCUUCCACCUGCGUCCCUCUGUCCAUCAAACACUCAUGUGGAGGUCUGACCUGGAACUGCAGUUUAAGUGCUACCACCAUGAGGACCGGCAGAUGAACACGAACUGGCCAGCGUCGGUGCAGGUCAGCGUGAAUGCCACGCCACUCACCAUCGAGAGAGGAGACAACAAGACAUCCCACAAACCCCUGCACCUAAAGCAUGUGUGUCAGCCGGGAAGGAACACCAUCCAGAUUACCGUCACCGCCUGCUGCUGUUCUCACUUGUUCGUGCUGCAGCUGGUGCACAGACCGUCAGUAAGAUCUGUCCUGCAGGGCCUGCUCAAGAAGAGGCUUCUGCCAGCAGAACACUGCAUUACCAAAAUAAAGAGAAAUUUCAGCAGUGUAGCAGCGUCCUCUGGGAACGCGACGCUGAACGGAGAGGAUGGCGUGGAGCAGACAGCCAUCAAAGUGUCCCUCAAGUGUCCCAUAACAUUCCGGCGGAUCCAGCUUCCAGCCCGGGGACACGACUGCAAGCAUGUGCAGUGUUUUGACCUGGAGUCCUACCUGCAGCUGAACUGUGAGAGAGGGACGUGGAGGUGUCCUGUAUGCAAUAAAACGGCGUUAUUGGAAGGUCUGGAAGUGGACCAGUACAUGUGGGGAAUUCUCAAUGCCAUCCAAAAUUCGGAGUUUGAGGAAGUCACCAUUGACCCCACGUGUAGUUGGCGGCCGGUGCCCAUAAAGUCUGACCUGCACAUAAAGGAGGAUCCAGAUGGCCCUCUGGCCAAGCGCUUUAAAACCAUGAGCCCCAGUCAGAUGAUCAUGCCUAACGUGUUGGAUAUGAUCGCUCAGCUGGGGCCCGGACCCUCACCCUACACCUCCCUCCCCCCUCAGCACGGAGGGAACAACACCGAGUACACUAGCCAAGGCAACAGUUACCAGGGCCAUGGAAACUUUGACUUUCCACACAGUAAUUCUGGUGGAGGAGCUCCAAUAAAUGACUUCAUGCACGGCCCUCAGCUCUCGCACCCUCCGGAUGUACCCAACAACCUCAUGGGUCCAGACAAACCUCUGAGCCACGGCAUUGCCGACUCGAUGCCUCAUCCUGUGAGUGCUGAGCAAUCUCAUGCUUCCAUGCCACCAGGCAUGCACGUAUCGCCUCACCCCAACAGCCAAUCCGCACAGCCAUUACAUCACAGCGUCCCUUCAUCCGGCCCGCCCCCACGCCAAGCCCCGCCCUCUCAGCAGCAACAGCCUGGCCCCAACAGCCACACGCACGGCGACAUGAGCUUUAACCCUGCGGCUGAGGGCCAGGUAGGCAGUCAGGGGGCAGCAGACAUGCCCGAGCCUUCUCUGGAGCUGCUGCCCGAGUUGGCCAACCCGGAUGAGUUACUGUCAUAUCUGGACCCUCCGGACCUCCCAAGCAACAGCAACGAUGAUCUGCUCUCCCUCUUUGAGAACAACUGACUUUACUAAGCCACCUUCACCUGAGGCACUGACAAGUUCCGCUGUCAGGAGUCAAGCAGAACCCUGACCACCAGUUCAGUACUUUACAACCGCAAAACACUCGUCCUCCUACUCCUGCCCCUACUCCUGUAAAUAUCUCACUCUUUUACGGACGUCCUUUUUCCACACAUGUAUGGCAGCCAUGUUGGUUGGCACUAAAGUGAUAUUUCAAUACUAAUAUGAAAAAGAAAAAAAAAACUGUGCAGCUAUAAUCAUAAGAAUAUAUGUCACACAGAACUGUAUGUGUGCUCACUAGGAAAGUGUUGUAGCAUUUUUUUAAUUCAGAUUUUUUUUCCUUUUGUGAAAAGCAAGACCUGAAUAGAAAAAAAAAAGAUACUUCCUGUACUGGCUUAUGUGUGUGUCCCCUAUGCGCAUUCUGAGGUUUGUUCUUCCAAGCUUUACGUCCACAACUUCCCAAAUCUCCCAUCUAGUGUUUUUGACUGGAUGUCCUCACUGUAUGUCCCACGGAAAAAAGCACAACAGCAAUCAGGAGAACUGCAGCAGGAAGACUGAAAAGGAAAACAUCUUAGGAACCUAAAGGCUGCAUCACAGUCACUGAGAGGUUUAGCAUCAUAGCGAUGUGGUACUCCCAUCUCACAGACUUAAUGCCCGGCCUCUGAAGUCCUCUGUAGCUCAUGUGGAAGGCAUGAUUAGUGCGAAUCCCCUUCAGAUCGGCAUAUCGCGUCUCAUCCUGUCCGUCAUAUUCACUCACGAGUGUUGUGUUCGAAGCAGAACAAGUUCCCGAGGGCAUUGUGACAACUUCACUGUUUUAUUCAUUUCACUGUUAUUUAUAGGAACACCAACAUAUCAAUACUGUGUGUGUGAUACCAUGCAUCAAUAACCAGCACUGUACUUCCUUUCGCAAAUCUCUCCAUCUCUGAGUACUGUGGAAUUAAAAGUCAGUUGGCAACACAAUUCAUUUUUGUAAUGUAAGAAGUAAUGCAAUCACUUUUUAAAGAGUAGUUUGAGUGUCGAAGACAUCAGUAAUGUCAGCUGUCUCUUCUGGGAGUCUUUCCCCAUUUAAUGCAUGAGCUUUGUCCCUCCCAGGCCUGUGAUGUCAUGAAUAACAAAGAACUCCGUGCGUGCAUACAGUGUGUUCAUUGUGCACUCGUGCCAAUCCCACGUUGUGUUAGUGACCGAACCAAGUGUAGACUGUUCCCUUUCUCUCUCUCUCUCUCUCUCUCUCUCUCUCUCUCUCUCUCUCUCUCUCUCUCUCUCUCUCUCUAUUUUUUAAAUCAAUCAGUGCGUUCAAAUGUGUUCCUCUGUCCUGUUUUUUUUUCUUUUCAUUUUGAACAUGAACUAUGAUCAUGUAAUGACUACGUCUGUUAUGCUGAAUAUAUUGUUCAUGAUAUAAUUCCUUUUCUCCCCCCACUGUUAAUGUAACUCUCUAAAUGUACAGUGUAUGUGCGUUUAUUACAAACUGGCCAUGUAUUACCAAAGUUCUGCAUAGUGAUCGGAGGCCCAAACCUGUCUUACCAGGCCGAUAACCUUCUUUAGAGACAGUUAAGCAUGUGACGCCUUCCUUUCUGUCCCUGCAUUCACACAACGCUAGAGUUCCCACAUGGUAUUGUAUGGUACAGUGAUUUUUACACUCUUUGUUUUGUAGAGGUUACACGUCUAUGUACAAGUCUACAUAAUCUGUUUUAUCGUUUAACCCCGUGACCCCCCUGAGAGAGUCUAAAAAGAGUCAGGAUUGAUCUUUUCCUCAUGCGUUAGGCCCAACUCACCUGGUCUAAAAAAAAAACAAAAAAACACGGAACACAUCAGAUUACUGUUUAGCAGUUUUUGUAUAAUGAAACACACCUUAAUAUAAAUUCAUAUUAGGAAAUGCAAAUUCUAUGCAUUACUCCUGGCUUAUUUCAGUUCUGUUAAUCAUAAUAAGGUCAGAAUGUACUGUAUGUUUGCUUUAACAUCUUUUUGUCUUUCUUUUGUGUUGGUGCUCAAACAGUAGACGGUUGUUGAACAGUACAUUGUUUGUGCUUCACAAAUGCAUACAGCUGAAUACCUUUCAUUUCAUAUUUUAUAUUUCGAUGUUCAUGUCCAUUAUAAAUUAUUUCCUAUCAGUCUGUCGGUGUUCAGUUAUGUAUAGACCUGAUAUUCGUUGUCCUAAACAGGCAAAUGUGCUUUAGCCUGUAUCUCCAGUUGGUUGUAAUUCACUUGUCUUUUUAUUUUUAUUUGUAUUUUUUUUAUCUGAUGCACUGCCACAGUUUUGUUCUUACUUUGUAGUCACCUACAGACAGAAACUGAACUGAACUCUCCACUUGCACAUCGGUUACACUGCAGGUCGUCGAGACGAGUCCCUGCUUUAGAGCUGUCACUUACUGUAGCUGGACAGAUAGCGGAGAAGGGAGCGAGUGGAUGUGGAGACAGUCAGAGUAAAAUGAAUUAGAUGCUGUUUUGUCUCAGUGGGAAACGGUUUGAAAGAACGCCCUAGCAGGGGACAUAAGGGAUGCAUGUACAUAUGUAAAUGACAAAUAGAGACACGUUAACAGAAAUGUAUUCAUUUUCCCCAGGGGAAUGUGCAUUGUGUAUUUAGAAUUUGUAAAGCUUGCAAUCUCCUAUCAGACUCGAAUUGGGUGAAAUGAAUCUGUGUUUGUUAGCGUCUGUGGACCUCUUUCCAUUUUUUUUUCUUUCGUUUCACUUAUGUAAAAUAUUUCCGAUGCCUCCUAGAAAAAGGGGAAUUAUGGGGCAAAGAGACACACUUGUUUCACCUUUGUGUAAUUAGCUUCCGUGUAUUGCUCCAUUACCUGUGUACUCUAUAAGGUGCUACAAAAGAUGAAGAAAAUCCUGGGGAAUAAUUUGGAGGAUGGGGCGUGGGGCCUGGAGCGGUUCCAAAAGAUUGUAACCAAAUUAAUAGUUUGUACAAUUUUGAUAUCACGAUCAGAUGGGGAAAAAGGUACAGUCUGAGGUGAUUGGCGCCUAAAGUGGCAGUUGUCUUUUUUGUUUUGUACAUUCUGUGUACAAUCAUUUCAUAUUCUAAACUGUUCAGAAGAAAAAACUAAUUGUGAUUUUUAGUCUUGCAAAACUGUAUGUAGUUAGAUGCUGUGACAUCCUAAUAUUUAUCUAAUAAAUAUGUAUUCAGAUGAAACAUGCUUA